AUGCCACAGAUUGCUGGUGGACCGGGCAGUGGCAACUUGGACUCCACAGCCGCUUCGGCUAAGGUCGUGGACACACAGCAAGUAAUCUGGACCGAGAUGCAGGUGAUCAUGGGACAUGAUUUCAGCAAUGCUGCCAAUGCUGCCAAAGUCUUCUUUGCGAGGUGCCGGCGACGAUCUGGAUCCGUGCGUCGCGACUUGAGCGGUUUCCCUGCGCUGGAACCUCCCAGCCUCUGUGUAAGGGCCGGAGAGGCCGCAACGGCCGUUCAGCGAAUCAAGAGCAUGGUUUCAGAAAGGGUCUACUCCUUGUUCGUGCAGCUGCAAGAUGUGAAUUCCCGGCACAUAGCGACCCAAGCGUUUCCAGACGAGGAGGCUGUGUUGGAUUAUUUAGGUCAGGUCUUGCAUGAGCUUGGUGCUUGGGCAGAGCAGAUGCCACAGAUUGCUGGUGGACCGGGCAGUGGCAACUUGGACUCCACAGCCGCUUCGUCUAAGGUCGUGGACACAGCAAGUAAUCUGGACCGAGAUGCAGGUGAUCAUGGGACAUGA